AUGACCGAAGUUUUGCAUGUCUCAAUAUUCCUAACAUUUCUCUCGAUUUUUCCAUUAUUUCUUUAUCUUCCACAUUUCUUUAGUGAAAUAUCUGAAAUCAGUCGAAAAUUGGAUCAUGAUUUGAAUGAUUUCAUUGAAAUUGAGAAGAAAUUUUGGGCAGAUGCAAAUGUUCGAAGAAAAAGACACUAUUCUUAUGGGCAAUAUCAAUAUCAACAUGUUUAUAAUUAUUGUGAAUGUGAUUAUUUGAAUUAUUGUGAACCUGGAAGACCUGGAAAGCGAGGUAUGUUACUCACAAGAGUAGAUUUAUCAACACUAGAAAAAUAUUUGAAAUUCUAGGCCCAGAUGGAAUUAGUGGAGAAGAUGGUCUUCCUGGAAUCAAUGGUCCUCCUGGUGAGCCUGGAGAGCUUCCAAAUAUCCUCUAUAACCAUAUUUAUGGAUGUCGGGUUUGCCCAUAUGGCCCGAAAGGAAAACCAGGUCCAGUUGGACCUGAUGGCCCGAUUGGCCCUCCAGGUUGGCCGGGAGAAAAUGGAAUACGUGGAAUGGAUGGAGAAAGAGGUGCGAUUGGAGAAGAAGGGGUAUUGGGAGAACCUGGAAUGGAAGGAUUACCUGGAGAACCAGGAAUGAUGGGCCAAAUUGGGAUUCGUGGAAUUAAAGGUGUGCUUGGAGAGAAUGGAGAAACUGGUGCGCCUGGAAUUCGAGGAGAAGAUGGUAUUCCUGGAGAACCUGGAGGUCCUGGUGUCCCUGGAAUAGAGGGAUUGCCUGGACCAUUUGGACCGCGCGGAGAACGAGGACCGAAAGGAGAACCAGGAAUUCGAGGAGCCACUGGCAACCCGGGAAUGGACUCACAUUACUGUCCUUGUCCACAAAAGAAGAUGUUUGCGAGAGGAAAAGCUCAAUAA